AUGUCAAAUCUAUCAAAGCUUGAGUUUGUGGCACUUGAUAGUACCGGAAAGAAUUAUUUGUCAUGGGUCCUUGAUGCUGAAAUCCACCUUGACGCUAAAGGUCUUGGUGAUACUAUUAAACAAGAAAAUAAAGCACCAAGUCAGGAUAAAGCGAAGACCAUGAUUUUUCUCCGACAUCAUCUUCAUGAGGGAUUAAGAACUGAAUAUUUAACUGUGAAAGACCCCCUUGAAUUAUGGAUUAAUUUGAAGGAUCGGUAUUACCACCUAAAACUUACGGUGUUACCAAAAGCUCGAUAUGAGUGGAUACACCUUCAAUUUCAAGAUUUUAAAACUGUAACUGAGUAUAAUUUUGCUAUUCAUAAAGUAAGUUCCAUAUUAAAAUUAUGUGGAGAUACUAUCACUGAUGAUGACUUACUUGAGAAGACUUUUUCCACAUUUCACGCUCCAAAUGUGUUGUUACAACAACAAUACCGUGAAAAGGGGUUUAAGAAAUAUUUUGAAUUAAUUACAUGCCUACUUGUGGCUGAGCAGAAUAAUACUUUGUUGAUGAAAAAUCAUGAAGCCCGUCCCACUGGGUCUGCUCCAUUCCCUGAAGCGAAUGUUGUAGCAACACAUAAUCAAUCUGAAUCAAGAGAAAAUAAUUCUCGUGGACGUGGCCAUGGUCGUGGACGAGGACGUGGACGUGGACGUGGACGUGGUAGAGGUCGAAAUAAUUAUCGUCAUUUUGGUGGAAAUAAACAUGAGAGUAACAAAAAUUCUCAAAAUAAUCCUUCUCGAGGUAGAAUCAAUAUUUGUCACUGA